CCUUUUUUGAAAUCUUUACAAUACAAAGAUGAACUACAACAGAGCGAUAACAGUGAACAAACUCAAGCUCAUGAUAAUAUUUCCAAAGACAGUAAUUCAGAAGAUGGUGCUUCCAAAGAAUAG